AUGUUCAACGCCCUCAAUCGCUUCAUAUCGCGCCUCGACGGCGAUCCGUCCGCCCACCAGCAGCAGGGCCAGAAACAAGACCAUGGCUACGGCUUCCAGGUCCUCCGCAACACAAACCUCGAGUUGCACGCCGACCCCUGGUUUGACUAUGUCGUCGGCAUCAACGGCCGCAUGAUCGACAAUCCCGACCCGAACCUUUUCGCCCAAGAAGUACGCAACUGCGCCGGCGGCAAUGUAAGCCUGGGCAUCUGGAGCGCAAAGGGCCAGCGCACGCGCGUGCUGCACAUCCCCGUGCCCCCGGCCAGCGCCAGCGCCAGCGGCCUCGGCCUCGCGCUGCAGUGGGCGCCCCUCGCCCUCGCCGCAAACGUCUGGCACGUCCUCGACGUCCCCGCCAACUCGCCCGCCGACCUCGCCGGCCUGCUCCCCUACAGCGACUACAUUCUCGGCACGCCCGACGGCACGCUGCACGGCGAGAGCGGGCUGGGCGAGCUCGUCGAGGACUACAUCGGCCGCCCGCUCAAGCUGUGGGUGUACAACAACGAGUACAACGUCACGCGCGAGCUCGAGAUCGUGCCUAGCCGAGAGUGGGGUGGCGAGGGCGCCCUGGGCUGCGUGCUGGGCUUUGGCGCGCUGCAUCGUCUGCCUGCGCCGUUGAGCGAGCCUGUCGAGGCGCCUGGCGAGACCAUGUUCGACGGGGGAGAGAACAGCAGCGAGUACGACGCCAUGUUUGGUGCGAGAGGACAACAGCAAGGAGCGGGCGGGAGCAUCAACAGCUUUUCAAACACGUCAUCACCAGCGCCGCAAGCCUCGCAAUCAUACCCCCCUCCUCCAACAGAAGGCGGCGAGUUUCUGGUCCCAGCUCAACUGGCACCACCCCCGUCCACAGGAGGAGCGAUACCGACGAGGAACAAGAAGAAGGACAGGCAUCACGGGGCAACGAAACGCGGAGGCGGGAUGGACGACUACUUUGCUGAACAGGAAAAGAAGAGCAAGGAGCUGGACGGUACAAUAUCAGCAAGUCGGACACCACCACCGCCUCCGCCCAAGGCCGGUGGUGGACCACCAAGAGCAGGGUCGGGGCUUGCGACACCUACGGCACAGGAAGAAGAGGAUAGCUGA